UUAAGCACCUCCCCCACUGACAUUGGAGCCGUCGACGAGUUAGACAGAAGGCUGAUUUGUGUUUUCAGUUGUUCUUAGUCUAAACACAUUUAGCGAGCUAUGGACGAUUUUGAUAUGCUUAGUGCCCCUCAAGGAAGCGCAGGAAACGGUGUGGGGGCAGACGAGGACCCUGCGGCAGCGUUUCUGGCCCAGCAGGAGAGUGAAAUCGCGGGCAUCGAGAAUGACGAGGGCUUCAGCAUCCUGGACAGCGGAGAAGUGCCUUCAUCCCUGAGCCAUGACCCAGACGGUGGAGCAUUGAAUGGAGAUCUGCAUGGGGAGAGUAACGGUCCUUCAGAUGCAUAUAUGGCUAUCUCCAAUGCUGAUCGGUUGCAGGCGGAGCCAGAGAGCUUGAGGAAGUGGAGAGAAGAACAGCUCGAGAGGCUGGAACAGCUCGAUGCUAACUCCCGUAAGCAGGAGGCCGAGUGGAAGGAGAAUGCGAAGCUGGAGCUGGAGGAGUGGCACACCAGGCAGAACGAGCAGCUGGAGAAGACCAAAGUCAACAACAGGGUGCUGGAUGAGGAUUUCUACAAACAACCCUUCGCUGAUCUGAUUGGUUAUGUCACUCACAUUAACCAUCCUUGCUACCGCCUAGACCAGGCGGCUGAGGAAGCCAUGGUGUCGGAGCUGGAUGUGAACAGUCCUGGCACAGAAUGGGAGCGCGUUGCGCGCCUUUGCGAUUUCAACCCUAAGUCCAGCAAGCAGGCCAAGGACGUCUCCCGCAUGCGUUCUGUCCUCAUCUCCCUUAAACAGGCCCCGCUCGUCCGCUAAGCGCUGCCUCUGGAGCCUCAAAACUACAAAUCCCAGCAGCCAUUGGGUUUCACAACAUUGAUCGAUUCCUUUGUGGUCCCAUCCCAAUGGCUUUGAGUUCAAUUUCCAUAUAUGAAUAAUCUAUAUUAUAUUAUAACAUAAUAUGAUAUGGGUAUAUCUAUAUGUUUAUAUAUAUAUAUAUAUUCCAUCUAUGAAUACAUAUAUAAUGAUGUUUAGAUUUGUUUUAUUUUUGGUGUCUAUUUUAAGGACCAAACUCCAUGUUCAUUUUUCCAUGUAGAGACAGUGUGUGACAUUGUAACACUAUCAAACUAUGCAUUUCCCUCCUAAGAUGUUUUGGAAUACAGUACUAAACGUCUUGUGUAAUGUUGUAUACAGAUGAUGGAUAUUAGCUUGUGUGUGUUAAACUAUGUACAGAAAAACUGGUCCACUACACUUCAUUGUGAGAUGAUUGCACAAGUUGUUGAAGAACCGAGCUGUACCCCGGUGAAUGUUGCCUCAUGUUGUCCACCCCGUUUCAGUAUGAUUAAACACAUUUGAAAUGUUA